AUGGCCAUGCACCGCGCCUCCGCGUUCGCACUCCGCCGCCUCGCCGCGGCGGCGGCUCCGAGCCCCGUGUCCCUCCUCGCCCCUCUCCGUCCGGUGGCGGCGGCAGCGGCCGCCACCAACACAAGAUUUCUUCUGCAGCCUACGACCGCGGCUGCGGCUGCUGCUUUGUGCGCCUGGCGCGGUUACGCGGCACGCGGCGGCGCGGGCCGGAAGGCGGCGAAGGCGGUGAGCGAGGACGAGGAAGAUGAGGAUGAGUUCGAUGCUAUGGGCAGCGACGAGGAGUUCGACGGCGACUUCGACGACGAGGAUCUCGAUGAAUUCGAGGACGACUCUGAGGAUGACUCUGAGCACGAAGCCGCGCCCCAAGCGCGGAAGGCGCUGAGCUGCAAAGCUCGGCUCGCUGCUGCUUGUUGUGUUUGUUUGGUGUUUUUUUUUUUUGAUUUUGACAAAGAAUUCAAGCCGGAAAAACAAUAA